AUUUAUUUUGGAAACUCUUUCGUUCAUGUAGCUCAGCUACUGAGUCACUGUCUCCUCGCAAUUCCCCUGCUCUGAUCUCCGAUCAGAAAGUGGCAUGAGAUGGCGUCUCCACAGCCUUCUCAUAAUGUGGAAUUGGAGGCUGCAAAGUUUCUACAUAAACUAAUUCAAGAGUCGACCGAUGAGCCGGCAAAACUGGCUGCGAAGCUUCAUGUUAUAUUGCAACAUAUGAAAUCGAGUGGGAAGGAGCACUCCAUGCCCUAUCAAGUAAUUUCAAGGGCUAUGGAGACUGUUAUCAACCAGAAUGGCCUUGAUAUUGAAUCUUUGAAAUCUCAACGUCUUCCUAUGUCUGGUGGGUCCCAAGGCGGAGACUCAACUGAUGACAAUAAUUUUUGUACUUUUUGUCAUAUUUUGGGAACACUGUGCAGGUCCUUCUCAUGCUAUGGCUGACAAUGAGGUAUCUAAGGUUGAUUCCUUAGUCACCAACAAGCUGCUUGUUGCCCCUGGUGGUGCUGUCCAUGAUGCUUAUCAGGGAUCUCUUGAUCAUGAAAGUCCUUCGAGUUUGGAUACCAGGUCUGCUAAUUCACAAUCUCAAGAUAGAGGGGGAAAUCAAAAGGAUGGUAAAACAGCUGUCAAGAGGAAGCGGGGUGAUUCUUCUUUGCCAUCAGAGACUCAUAUCGAUGACUCCCAACAGGUUGAUGCUCAUUCUGCAGUUGAUAUGAGGAAAGGAAAGGCCAACAGGGUUGACCCAUCGGGGGUUUUCUCUACUAGGGGCAGUGAAAAUAGUAGCUUCAGUAUGGUUCCUGGUGGUAGUCAGCUGGAAGCUUCAUCUAGACAUACAUCUUUCGGUCAACAGCAAGGGGGUUCUUUUCCACCUGCACAUGAAAAUCUCUCUUCCGGAACGUGGAAUCAAAAUAAGGCAGCUGUAGCACUGGAUCGGUCUCAGGUCCCAAGGUUUUCGGCCAAUGUUGUUUCUGGCGGUGUGCCAGCAGAAGCAACUUUGCAGCAGUCAAUGGUACCAUCUCUUGUAUCAAGAUUUUUUAGGAAAUCGCAGGAUGGAAUAUCUGUUCCUUCUGGCUCGUAUGCAAUGGGGGAACUAGGAUUUUCUGGUUCAGGGCAGAUAAGUGGUCCUGAAAGUUACCUGUGUGGAUUUGCAGGACAUACUGCAGCAAGUCCCUCUGAGAAUACCACUGGAGGGCAUAAUUUCCAACUUAACCGCAUGGAUGAGACAUCCGCGCCGCUUUCAGUCGGAAUGGUUCCAGAAAAUAAUGGAGGCAGUUCAAAUAUAUUUGGAGACCCGACUAGGUUCAUAUGUUUUGGAUGUGAUUUUAGUAAUGCAUGUAAUUAUUACCAGGCGACAGCGGCUUCUAGAGAUACGGGAAAAUCUCCAAUUUCUCAGGGUAAUGCUUCACCUGGCAUGCCUUUCAAGGAGCAACAAUUGAGGCAGCUUAGGGCCCAGUGCCUUGUCUUUCUAGCAUUUAGGAACGGGCUGGCUCCCAAAAGGUUACAUCUGGAGAUAGCUCUUGGAAGUAUCAUUAAUAGAGAUGGUGCAAUUGCAGAAGCUAUUCGCAGGGAGCUGGUGGAUCAGAAAGCAAAAUCUUCUAAUGAGCAAACCAACCUUCCAGGAGUUGCAAGGCCAUUUGCAUGGGCAAAUAGUGCAAGGGAAACUGAUAAGGUCCCUCCAGUUGCCUCAGCUGCUUUAAGAUAUUUAGAUGGCAACUCUUUACAAAAAGAUGUUGACAAAUUGAAGACGGAGGACAAAGUAGGUUCACAUUCUGACCAUUCGGUACUCGCCGAUAAUGGGAAGCACCUUGUGACAAGAAAGCUGGAUGCUGAGAAGCAAACUCAGGAAACUGUUGGGGCACAGUUGUUCGCUUCUAAUCCAGUUCAGCAGGAUGAUUCAUCGAAUACUAGGGGCAGUUCACUAAUUGGGAAAACUGUGGAAAGCAUGGAUAAUGGAUAUGUCCAGAGUGGGAGAGCCAAUCAGGCCUCUUUCUUAACUGGUGUAAACAAGCAAUUGAACCCUGAGGCAAUGAAUUGGGCAGGAAGUCGUAAUGAGGUGGUUCAGGAAUCAUUACCAUCAUGGGGUGUUCAGCAUAACGUGGCUCUGAACAAAAAGGACAGUGGUCCUAUGCAAUCCCAAAAUCUUGUCAACGGUGGUAUCUCUGAUGAUGCAGAGUUCUCUGAAUAUCAAACUAGAUAUAAUCCAGAAGGGUGCCAAGUCCCGCAAAUUGAUGAUUUUUCAAGAAAUGGAAACCCUGCUUUAGCUGAACCAGAUGAUGAAGACAACUCAGCUUCUGUUCAUUUGCCUCCCCCAAGGUACACCAUGUCAGAGAAGUGGAUUAUGGAUCAGCAAAGAAAGAAGCUUUUAGUAGAAGAAAAAUGGGCCUUAAGGGAGCAAAAAGCAAGACAAAGAAUAACAAUUCGUUUUAACCAGUUACAGGUAACUGUGAGCUCCUGUGAAGAUAUAUCUGCCAGAACCAAAAGUGUCAUAGAAUUGAAAAAACUGAAGUUGCUGGAUCUGCAGCGCCGUUUGAGAAGUGAGUUUCUGAAUGAUUUUUUUAAGCCUGUCACAAACGACGUGGAGCGUUUAAAAUCUUAUAAAAAGCAUAAACAUGGUAGAAGGAUAAAACAACUUGAAAAGUAUGAGCAAAAGAUGAAGGAAGAGCGACAGAAGAGAAUCCGAGAGCGGCAGAAGGAAUUUUUUUCUGAGCUAGAAGUUCACAAGGAAAAAUUGGAGGAUGUGUUCAAGUUCAAGAGAGAAAGGUUGAAGGGUUUUAACAGAUAUGUAAAGGAGUUUCACAAAAGGAAGGAGCGUGCUCACCGUGAGAAACUUGAUCGAAUCCAGCGCGAGAAGAUUAAUUUGCUGAAGAUCAAUGAUGUCGAAGGAUAUCUACGUAUGGUGCAGGAUGCAAAAUCAGAUCGUGUUAAGCAAUUGCUGAAAGAAACAGAGAAGUACCUGCAAAAGCUGGGUUCCAGGCUACAGGCAGCAAAAGCUAUUGGAAGCCGUUUUGAGAAUAACAUGGAUGAGUCAAGAACUAUUGUUGCUAUUGAGAAUGAAACUACUUUCGAUAAUGAAGAUGAAAGUGACCAAGCAAAGCAUUAUUUGGAAAGCAAUGAGAAGUACUACCUGAUGGCUCAUAGUAUAAAAGAGGGCAUCGCAGAGCAGCCAACUUCUCUCAAGGGUGGAAAAUUGAGGGAGUACCAGAUGAAUGGAUUGAGGUGGUUGGUUUCACUAUAUAACAACCAUUUGAAUGGAAUUCUUGCUGAUGAAAUGGGCCUUGGGAAAACUGUUCAGGUCAUAUCUCUAAUUUGUUAUCUGAUGGAGAGCAAAAAUGACAGAGGUCCUUUCUUGGUGGUUGUGCCUUCUUCUGUUUUACCAGGAUGGGAAUCGGAAAUUAGUUUCUGGGCCCCCAGUAUACAUAAAAUUGUGUAUUCUGGACCCCCUGAAGAUAGGCGUAAAUUAUUUAAGGAGAAGAUUGUCCACCAGAAGUUUAAUGUCCUUCUGACAACAUAUGAAUACCUAAUGAACAAGCAUGAUAGACCAAAACUAAGUAAAAUUCAUUGGCACUACAUUAUCAUUGAUGAAGGCCAUCGCAUAAAGAAUGCUUCUUGCAAAUUAAAUGCUGAAUUGAAGCACUAUCAGAGUUCUCACAGGCUGCUGUUAACUGGAACACCACUCCAGAACAAUCUUGAGGAACUCUGGGCGCUACUAAACUUUUUGUUACCCAACAUUUUUAACUCAUCUGAAGAUUUUUCUCAGUGGUUCAACAAGCCAUUUGAGGGUACUGCUGAUAACUCGGCUGAUGAAGCUUUACUAUCUGAGGAAGAGAAUUUGCUGGUCAUAAAUCGUCUUCAUCAAGUUCUGAGACCCUUUAUGCUACGAAGACUAAAACACAAGGUUGAGAAUGAACUUCCUGAAAAGAUUGAGAGACUCAUUAGGUGUGAAGCAUCUGCAUAUCAGAAACUUUUGAUGCAGCGGGUUGAAGAUAAUCUUGGGGCAAUUGGAAGUUCAAAGUCACGAUCAGUCCACAACUCUGUCAUGGAGCUUCGCAAUAUAUGCAAUCACCCUUAUCUUAGUCAGCUGCAUUCAGAUGAGGUGGAGAGUUUUAUGCCUAAGCACUUUCUGCCACCAAUCAUCAGACUUUGUGGGAAGCUUGAGAUGUUAGAUCGAUUGUUACCCAAACUGAAAGCUACCGACCAUCGGGUACUUUUCUUUUCAACAAUGACAAGGCUUCUUGAUAUUAUGGAAGAGUAUCUCAUGGCAAAACAGUACCGAUACCUUCGUCUGGAUGGUCAUACUUCUGGUGGUGACCGUGGUGCACUUAUUGAUAUGUUCAACAAACAAAGUUCUCCCUUCUUCAUCUUUCUGCUCAGCAUUCGGGCUGGUGGUGUUGGAGUGAAUCUUCAGGCUGCAGACACUGUCAUCAUAUUUGACACGGACUGGAAUCCUCAGGUGGAUCUUCAAGCACAAGCUAGGGCUCACAGGAUUGGCCAGAAGAAGGAUGUGCUUGUUCUUAGAUUUGAAACUGUGAAAACUGUUGAAGAACAAGUCAGAGCUGCUGCUGAGCAUAAACUGGGAGUUGCUGACCAGAGUAUUACGGCUGGUUUCUUUGACAAUAAUACAAGCGCGGAAGAUCGUAGAGAGUACUUGGAGGCCCUACUACGUGAGUCAAAGAAAGAGGAAGCUGCCCCUGUCUUGGAUGAUGAAGCCUUGAAUGAGAUCUUAGCACGCAGUGAGUCUGAGAUUGAUGUAUUUGAGUCGGUUGACAAACAACGACGGGAACAAGAGACGGAAAUAUGGAAGAAGUUACUAGCUGGACAGGGAGCAAAUGUUCCUGAAUCUUUGCCUCCCCUGCCUUCACGCCUUGUUUCAGAUGAUGACUUGAAGUCAUUCUUCGAAAAAAUAAAGCUAUAUGAUGUGCCAAAAGAUGAUGGAGUACCUAGUAUCGGGACAAAACGAAAAGGUCAGUCGCAGGGCCUUGAUUUUCAGCACUAUGGAAGGGGCAAGCGGGCAAGAGAGGUACGGUCAUAUGAAGAACAAUGGACUGAAGAGGAAUUUGAAAAGCUGUGCCAGGAUGACAAUCCUGAUUCGCCAAAACCUAAGGAGGAAGUAGUAGAGAGGAAUCUGCCAAAAGAGGCCAGUGUUUCUGCCUCAACCAUUGCUAAUCCAGAACCUACUGCUGCACCUACUGCACCAGAGUUGGUGCAGCAUGUACUUCCACAACAGAGCAGUGAGUUAACGGUAACACCGACACCAUCUAAGAGAGGACGUGGACGGCCAAAAAGGGUAAAUAUAACUCGACUAGCACUGCCAGUAGGAACUCCUGCUGGACUUGUCAAAGCAGAUAUGGAGUUACAGAAAGGAAUCAAUGGUAGCUCUCCAAGUACAUUAGCUCCUAAUCCUUUACCAGAAUCAAAUUUGGUUAGUGUUGGUCCAAUAGCCCCUCAAGCUGAUGCAGGCACUGCUUCCACACUCCAACCAACUAUUCCUGUCACUUCUGGGCAGAGUUCACAACUUUCUCUUGUUUCUCCUUCAGUACCAAUGCCAGCAAGGGGCCGCGGUCGUAAGUCUCAACGUGGUGGAUAUACACCACGUGGUAGGGGAAGGAAAAUGGGAUUUGUGUCAGCUACGCCUGAGAGCAUUGCUUCUCCAGCUCCCGUUAUUGGUGAAGCUUCACAGAACUCAUCCAACAAUGCUUUAGUUAAUUCCAGUGGUGUCACACUUUCUGGUGAUCCUGGUAUUGCACCAAUUACUGUACCUGUUCAAGUGACCAUUGCAGCACCAGAUCAGUCUGGUAAAGGAACUAUUGUAGAUACCCAUCCAGCCCCUCUUGCUGCUCCAUCUUUAUCCAUCGCUUCUGCUUCCACUCGAAUCAAAGAGCAGAAUCCAAAGGCUCAAAGUGCGACUGGAAUGCCUCGGCGUAGGGGAAGGAAACCUUCAGUUAAAGUUCCACCUGAAGUUCCAGUUGUUUCAGCGGCUCAGAUUUCGCAUAUGAACCUACCACCUUCAGUUCAAGUUCCACCUGAAGUUCCAGUUGUAGUAGACACUUUGGGAGGCAGCGCUGCAAUAGCUGGAAAUGAUAAGGGUAAUGGUUCCAAUGAACCAACGAAAGUUGACCCGGGGCAAAAACCCAGAGUAACUAUUCCAGAUCAGGAGUCAAGUCAACAUUCAGGUGAAGUGACCCAACAGGAUGAGCCAACAAACUCGACCACCAUACACAGUGCUGAUACUAGAUCUAUGCCAAGCCAACAUUCAGCUGCAGUGACCCAACAGGUUCUCCUGCAAGAAAUCAAACUGUUACCUUGUUUCACGCAGCCAUCAACAUUAAGGAGCAUCCUGUUCAAAGUAGUUCGACAUCUAAAUCAGGUGACCCUUUCAGAAAGGAUGGUGAGGCUGGCCUAGGAAUACCUACACCCAGCAAGGCUUUCAUUGAUAAAGUGCAGAAUACAAUUAUGGGAGCCCUGGUCUCUCAACCUGACCCACCUCAAGCAGGUCGGGGUAAAGGGAGAGCCAGAAAGGUUACAAGCAGAACGGAUGCGCCCAGGCGGAGGGGAAGGAAACCGGCUACAACGGCACAUCCUGCUGAUACAUUGGGAGUUAGGACCAUGUCCCUGAGAAACCGACCAGGGAGUGAAGCUAUGGAAAUCACACUUGCUGUACAGGAAACCCCAGUUGCUAAUGCUUUUGUUUGUCAAGACUCUAAACAAGGGGAAAUUACGUCUUUGGGCCGGAUUCAGACUGCAGAUGUAACUGAUGUUGCACGUGUGAUGAAGGAGAUCUUCUCUGAGUCUUGCUCAUCCAAGGGUAAGAGUAGUGACUCUUCCAAAAGUGAAUGUAAAAGCACUGGCACACCUGUAUCUUGUAUGAAACCUUCACCAGUCACAGAAGGCCAAAGCUCUGAGGAUAAGAUUCAUGGAUCUGUCUCUUCUUUACAAGAAGCCAUUUCUGCUGAAGGAAUCUCACUUGAUAGUUCUGUCCAGUCUGUAUCUGAAUUAGGUUUCAGGGUGGAUAAGAGGAAUCUGCCUGCUGUGCAUGCUGAUGCUGUGAGUAAUAAAGCUGAGACAAAAGUCGAUUCAUCUCUAGAAUCAGCAGCGGUUGAUAAAGACACGUGCAGAAGUAAGGCAAAUGCCAUUGUUCUUGGUAUAGAGGCAUCCAGCAAUCGGGUUGUUUCACUUGGACAAGCUCAAGGUGUUGGAAGACACGUAUCUUCCAGGGUUAAUUUGAGUAGUACUGUUGAGUGUGCAUCUACCAAGAAGGUUGGUUCACCUGUAGAAACUCAAGGUGCUAAGAAGCCUCGCAUUUCAUCUCAUGAUGAUUCUGUUGAUGCUGCUACUGUAAGGUUCAUGAGGCCACCUGAAUCUCUUCCUGAUGCCUUCAUAGAACCUAUCGUAGCUCACGGCACUGCAGAGCAUCCCGAGAAGAAUCCAGAAGAUAAGAUGGAAGCUUCUGUAAAGUCGUCUCCAUUGUCUCAGAUUGAAGUUACUGAGAAGCAUGGCAGUGAGGCUAAUACUACUGCGGCUAAGCUUGAUGAUACGAUUGUUCAACCUGAAGAUAAUAGCAGCAACAUGCAACUUGAUCAAGAAACUGGAUACACGGAGAGUGAACCCGUUCCAGUGUUCAAUGUGGAAGAACAACAUAUACCACCUGAGAAGACCGUGUUUUGUGAGUCAGCCAAUGAAGAGAAGCAUUGUGGUCCAAGUACGUUGCAGUCACAAGUGGACAGUAGAUUGCCUGAUGAUUUUACUUCUGAAUCUACCAACACAGAGCUAAGUUCAGAAGAUCAUGUUGGAAAUCAGCUUCAGCCAAAAGACGUGGAUCUCUCCAUGGAACAGCUCUCUUUACCAGAAGAUGCCUUUGCCAAGGAGCAAGAGUUAAGAAGCUCACCAGUUGAGAGGGAUCAUCAACAUUUGGUGGAGAUUCUGGUAGAAAGAUCAGUUGUGUUGGAAGAAGUGCAAGGCUCUGACACUAACAAAGAUUGUAGAAUUGGUUUCUCUGGAACUAGGAGUGUCUCAGAUGACCUUCCUUCAUCCAGAGAGUUGAAAGAUUCAGUUGUGCCGGAAGAAGUGCAAGGCUCUGACUCGAACAAAGAUUGUGAAGUUCGUGUUUCUGGAACUGGUAGGAGUGUCUCAGAUGACCUUCCUUCAUCUAAAGAGUCGAAAGGAUCAGUCGUGCCAGAAGAAGUGCUAGGCUCUGAUGCUAACAAAGAUUGUGAAAUUGGUGUCUCUGAAACUGGUAGAAGUUUCUCCGAUGAGCUUCCUUUAUCUAGAGAGUUGAAAGAACCAGAGUGUAAAAUUAAUGACGAAGUAGCAUUUGCAGAAGACACCUUAGCAGCAUCUCCCUCUGGGUCCAAUUCACCUGAGAGACACUACCUUACUUCAUCUAGAGAGUUGAAAGCAUCAGAGUGUCAAGCUGAUAAACGAGUAGCAGUGGGAGAAGUAUCCCUAACAGCCUCUCCUUCUGUGCCCAAGGAACGAAUUGACUCACCGGAGAGACAUCCACUCAGCAGCAACUCUGGAGAAGAUUGCAUAAAAGCCCCAUCUGAAACAGAAGAAUGUAGAUAGCAACUUAACAGAGGAGCGAUUACAGGGGCCUAAUUCUACCGAAGAUGAAUUGGUUACCAAAAGUUCGCCUUCUGAGAAAGAUGUCCAUGGCAACUUAACAGCAGAGGAAGGGCUACAGUGGCCUAAUUCUACUGAAGGUGAAUUGAAUACAGAAAGUUUGGCUUCUGAGAAGAAUGUAGAUAGCAACUUAGCAGCAGAGGAGGGACUACAGGGGCCUGAUUCUAUGGAAUGUGACGUGAUUGCUCCUGCAACUGCAGAGGACACUAGUUCACCUUCACCAAUGGUGGAGGAAAUAAAGGGGCCUAAUUCUACAGAAGGUGAGUUGGCUACAAAAAGUUCGCCUUCUGAGAAGAAUGUCUAUAGCAACUUAACACCAGAGGAGGGGUUACAGGGGCUUAAUUCUACAGAAGGUGAAUUGGAUACAGAAAGUGGAAUGUGACGUGAAUGCUCCUGCAACUGCAGAGGACACUAAUUCACCUUCACCAAUGGUGGAAGAAGGAAAGAUUGAUGAGUCAUCUUCUACGAGCCCUCGUGGUGAGAAGUUGGCAGCAGAACCGGAGGAGACUAGAAAUGAGGAGGCAGAACUGCAGGGGUCUAAUUCUACAGAAGAGGACACAAGUUCACCUUCACCAAUGGUGGGGGAAGGAAAUAUUGAUGACUUAUCCACUAAGAACCCUCGUGGUGACGAGUUGGCGGCAGAAACGGAGGAAACUGAAAAUGAGGAGGGCGGUAAUGGUGUGGUAGUAGCUAUCCCUACUGACCCUAACUCUAAUGAUCCAGUGAUAAUGGAGGGAAAUAUUGAUGACUCAUCUCCCAAGAGUCCUCAUGGUAAGAGCUUGGCAGAGGAACUGGAGGAACUUAGAAAUGAGGAGGGUGGUAAUGAUGUGGUGGUGGCCACACCUAAUCCAGUGGCUGUGGAAAAUAUUGAUGGCGCAUCUUGUAAGAGUUCUCAUGGUGAGAAGUCGAUGAAGAAACAUAGAAAUGAGGAGUGCGGUAAUGAUGUGGUGGUGGCCAUGUCUGAUGACCCCAACUCUAAGGAUCCAGCGGUGAAGGCAAAGAUUAAUGACUCAUCUUCUAAGAGUCCACAAGGUGAGAAGUCGGUGGAGGAACUGGUGGAACCUAGAAAUGAGGAGGGUGGUAAUGAUUUGGCAGUGGUCACGGUUGAUGACCUAGACUCUAAGGAUCUGGUGGUGGAGGCGGGAAAGAUUGAUGACUCAUCUUCUAAGAGUCCUCAUGGUGAGAAGUCGGGAGAGAAACUGGAGGAACCUAGAAAUGAAGAGGGUGGUAAUAAUCUGGUAGGGGCCCCGGCUGUUGAGGGGAAGAUUGAUGAUUUAUUUUCUACGAGUCCUCAUGGUGAGAAGUCAGCCGAGAAACUGGAGGAACCUAAAGAGGAGAGUGGUAAUGUCUUGGUAGUGACAACGGCUAAUGACCCUUACUCCGAGGAUCCAGUGCUCUCAUGGGGAGAAGUUGGCAGAGAGACUAAAGGAACCAAGAAAUGAAGAAGGUGGUAAUAAUGUGGUAGUGACAACGGUUAAUUGCCCCGACUCUGAAGAUCCAGUGGUGGAGGGAAAGAUUGAUGACUCGUCUUCUAAGAGUGCUCAUCGUGAGAAGCUGGCAGAAGAACUUGAAGAUCCUAGAAAUGACGACAGUAACGAUGUGGUAGUGGAGAAGGGAAAGAUUGAUGACUCAACUUCUAAGAGUCCUUGUGGAGGGAAAGAUUGAUGAAUCAACUUCUAAGAGUCCUCGUGGCGAGUAUUCGGGGGAGGAAAAGGAACCCAGAAUUGAGCAGGGUUGUAAUGAUGUGGUAGUGGAUGAGGGAAAGGUUGGUGAAUCAACUUCUAAGAGUCCUCGUGAAGGGAAAGAUUGAUGGCUCGACCUCUCAGAGUCCUCGUGGUGAGGAUUCGGGGGAGGAAAAGGAAUCCGGAAAUGAAGAGAGGGGUAAUGAUGUGGUAGUGGAUGAGGGAAAGAUUGAUGACUCAACUUCUGAGAGUCCUCAUGGCGAGGAUUCGGGAGAGGAAAAGGAACCUAGAAACGAAGAGUGGGGUAAUGAUGUGAUA